CGGUCGCGGCGGCUCCCGGACGAGCGGGAGGAGCCCGGGGAGCGCUGUGAGAUGGGCCGGCUCCCAAGUCAGCUGGGAGGACACUUACUACAGCUGCUCAGAAGCACCGUCAGAAGCUCAGGUUACUUUUCUUUGCUUCUGAUUUGUUCCCUAGCAGAUGUGGGCACCCCAGCCAGCAGCAGUAAGGGGUGCAGGGAAACCACAGAGAAGCUCCUUCUGAUGCCCCAAGGAGCAAGCCAACCAUUUCCAGGCUCCAGGACCACCACAAAGCAAUAUGAAACCUGUUCAUGAGAGGAGUCAGGAAUGCCUUCCACCAAAGAAACGAGACCUCCCCGUGACCAGCGAGGAUAUGGGGAGAACUACCAGCUGCUCCACAAACCACACACCCUCCAGUGAUGCCUCUGAAUGGUCCCGAGGGGUUGUGGUCGCCGGGCAGAGCCAGGCCGGAGGCAGAGUCAGCCUGGGGGGUGAUGGAGCUGAGGCCAUCACUGGUCUGACAGUAGACCAGUAUGGUAUGCUAUAUAAGGUGGCUAUGCCACCUGCCACCUUCUCACCAACUGGCCUCCCAUCCGUAGUGAACAUGAGUCCCAUGCCCCCCACGUUUAAUGUAGCGUCUUCACUGAUUCAACAUCCAGGACUCCACUAUCCCCCAAUCCACUAUGCUCAGCUCCCAUCCACCUCACUGCAGUUCAUUGGGUCUCCUUACAGCCUUCCCUAUGCUGUGCCACCCAAUUUCCUACCAGGUCCCCUCCUCUCUCCUUCUGCCAACCUCACCACCUCUCACCUUCCACACUUUGUGCCAUACGCCUCACUCCUGGCCGAAGAAGCCACUCCUCCUCCCCAGGCUUCAUCCCCAGCCCAUUCAUUUAGCAAAGCUCCUUCGGCCACCUCCCCAUCCGGCCAGUUGCCUCAUCACUCGAGUACUCAGCCACUGGACCUCGCUCCAGGCCGGAUGCCCAUUUAUUACCAGAUGUCUAGGCUACCCGCUGGGUAUACAUUGCAUGAAGCCCCUUCAGUAGGUGCCAACCCAAUUCUUACCCCUCAGGAGAGCCAGUCUGCUCUAGAAGCAGCUGCUGCCAAUGGAGGACAGAGACAACGAGAGCGAAACUCAGUAAGACGGGAAAGUGAAGCCCUUGACUCCCCCAGCAGCAAGGGUGAAAGCCAAGGACUGGUGCCGGUGGUAGAAUGUGUGGUAGAUGGACAGUUGUUUUCAGGUUCUCAGACUCCACGGGUGGAGGUGGCAGCACCAGCACACCGAGGGACUCCAGACACCGACCUCGAGGUCCAGCGGGUGGUUGGCGCUUUAGCUUCUCAGGACUAUCGCGUGGUGGCAGCUCAGAGGAAGGAUGAACCCAGCCCUCUCAACCUAUCCCAUCAUACCCCUGACCAUCAGGGUGAGGGACGAGGAUCAGCCAGGAACCCUGUAGAACUGGCAGAGAAGAAUCAGGCCCGUGGGUUCUACCCUCAGCCCUAUCAGGAACCGGUGAAACACAGACCUUUACCCAAAGCAAUGGUUGUAGCCAAUGGCAACCUGGUGCCCCCUGGAACUGACCCAAGCCUACUGCCUGUGAGCUCAGAGAUCCUAGCGGCAUCAAGUCUAGACAUGCAGGCCAGAGCCACCUUCCCAGACAAGGAGCCGACACCACCCCCCAUUACCUCCUCCCACUUGCCCUCCCAUUUCAUGAAAGGCGCCAUCAUCCAGCUGGCUACAGGGGAGCUGAAGCGAGUGGAGGACCUCCAGACCCAGGAUUUUGUGCGCAGUGCCGAAGUGAGCGGGGGGCUGAAGAUUGACUCUAGCACAGUUGUGGACAUUCAAGAGAGCCAGUGGCCUGGAUUUGUCAUGCUGCAUUUUGUUGUUGGUGAGCAGCAGAGCAAAGUGAGCAUCGAGGUGCCCCCUGAGCACCCCUUCUUUGUAUAUGGCCAGGGUUGGUCCUCCUGCAGCCCUGGGCGGACUGCACAGCUCUUCUCUCUGCCCUGCCAUCGGCUACAGGUGGGAGAUGUCUGCAUCUCUAUAAGUUUACAGAGCUUGAACAGUAACUCAGUUUCUCAGGCCAGCUGUGUUCCCCCAGGCCAGCUGGGUCUCCCUCGAGAAAGGCCUGAGAGGACAGUCCUGGGGCCCAGAGACUUAUGUGACAGUGAGGGGAAGAGCCAGUCCGCAGGAGAAGGCUCCCAUGUGGUAGAGUCCUCCCAGUCUGAGCCUGGUGCUCAGGCCUGCUGGCCAGCCCCCACCUUCCAAAGAUACAGCAUGCAAGGGGAGGAGGCACGGGCUGCGCUGCUCCGUCCCUCUUUCAUUCCACAGGAGGUAAAGCUGUCUAUUGAAGGGCGUUCCAAUGCGGGAAAAUGAAUCUCUUUCCUACACCAGGACUGGGGCUUUAGCCCCACAGGUGAGCCUCACCAUGAGCAGGUGGAGGAUUUGCACACGCUGACUGAGCAGGGAAUGGUCUCUAGGCAGUGAGAUUUGAGGGAAAGGGGAGGUGUAAAGGUAGCCUCUCAAGGCAGGAUCUGUUGCUCAUUACCCCAUGUCACCCUUUCAGGACAGCCCGGGGGGGAAAUCCUGUGAUCAGGAGCAGCAGGUCUAGAGCGAGGAAGGAGGGGGCGCAUACAGCAUAAGAAACAUUCCAAAACAAGGGCCUCCUCAUUCUUUCCUUCCCAUCCCUAGCUCCUGCAAGGAACAGUACAGGCUUUGGGAGCAGACGGCAGAGGGAGGGAGUAAAGAAAGAGCCAAAAAUGAUGAUCCACAGCUUAUAGUAGCAGUAAGACUGAAGUUUUCUUUUUCUUUUUUUUUUGUUUGUGUUUUUUUUUUUUUUUUGUGGGAGGGCAGGAUGCCCAUGGUUGGAAAUAAGAGGGUUCCCGCCCAGAGCCCUUCUUGUGAGAGAUGUGCACUUUAAGGGGUGACUUUGUUACAAAUGUCUAUGGCUGGGUUUGUGGGGGAGGAGCACUCUUAAUCUACAGGACUCUGCUUAAUCCUCUGCUUCAGCCCUUUCCCAUCUCUCCUCACCAUUCCUCCCACAAGGCUUCUAGCAGCUUGGGGGCUAGGAGAGAGAGAGAGAGAGGCCCCUCCAGGGUUCAGAGAGAAGGACUGCCUUGCCCAGGACCCAGUCAUGGGACUUUGAGGAGAGACCUGACCACCAGGUUGUCAAGCUUCUGGAAAGGUGGCUGACCUAACAAACCUCCUCCUACUCAACGUGCCAGGCCUGCUUUGGGAUUUCCUUGAGUCUCUAGUUGGUAAUGGUGACUUGAAAGAACCAGUGGACCCUUUACCCCAGGUACCUAUGCCCCUCUGUUGUCUUGUCUAUGUUGUGCCUAAGUGCCUGCGCUGCCCUUACCCUUCUGCUGCCCUGACCUCUGCAUGGUGUCUUGACCUGGGCUUUGUGUAGCUGCACUGCCUUUCAUCUUCUGCAAAACUGGCUUUGUCCGCUCUGACCAAGGCCUCUAGUUUUUGGUUUGUAGGGGCUGUCUCUGGUUUUCUCAUCACCUAAUAUUUAUUUUUAAAUUUAAAAUCAUGUCCCCCUCUUCUUCUACUGCCCGGCAGCUUAGUGGAGACACAAGGAGGGAGCCGUGCCCUGGGCCAGGGUGCCUGUUGGGGCAAUUCCUGAUAUUUUUAAUGGCCCCCUCUCAUCUGAACUCUACUGCCCCUCUCCUGGCAUUUGGGCAUGUCUACUCUUUCCCCUCCCACUGCCACUCCUAUGGGUCUAGGAUAGUCUUGGUAACAUUUCAGUAUCUGAAGUAGGUCUGAUUUCAUGGUGGUGUAUUCCUCUGCAGGAAUGUCUUCAGGCUUAGUUGGAUUUGCUUCUCUAGGUCUUAAGCUCAAAUCCCCACUGCCUCCCCAAUUUUUAUUGUCAGCUUGGACUGUGGGAUUACACCGGGUAUUAGGAUUUAGACUCUCCCACUAGCUUUCAGGUAGGUGAGUGGUCCUUUGGUUUGUUUUGGUGUGUGUGUUGGGGGGGGGGGGCGGGUUCUUUAGACUUUUGAAGGCAACUCAGGGUAUUGUCCAUACAUCUGUCCAGUAGAUUUCUCCCAGGGUAUGAACCUGGCAUUUCUUUUGUAGAUGUACUUGGAUUGGCCAAGGCCUGGCCUGUCACCAGGAAUCGAACCAGGAGUCCCAAAUUUCUGAGGUCUGAGCUAUGGUCUGUCAAGUCUUAUGACCUCUCAUUCUUUCACUUCCUCCCCAGCUGCCAAAUGGGGAUAAAUAAUUUUACCUACCUCCUGGGGGGGAGGGGAAGUUCUGAGAAUGGAGUCAUUCUUAAUGUUCAGGUGCUAAAGGUUGUUCUCCUGGGGGAACAGAGUGACUGAAACUGGCUUGUUUGCUACAAGCCCUGCACUUCACUGUUUCAUACCUUGAGCGCAGUUACCUGGUUAGUGAGCUUUUUGGUGGUCCAUCCAAUGGAAGCUGCUGACCUGACUGCAAAUACUUCAGUCUUUGGUUCAUGUCAGAACCACACCCCAAACUUGAGAUCAUUUGAGAUCAUGUCCUUUCCUUUCUCUGUCUCCUGUUCUCUGAAUGCUGCUUUCUCUGGCUUGUUUCCUACAGUGGGGUCUGUGGGGUUGAGUCUUGAGUUCCUUCAAAUGAGCACCUUGGGAGAAGGCCUCAUCUCUGGCUGUUUUAUGAGCAGCUCAUUCCUAGGGAUUAUUUUAUGCAUUAGGUUCUCACGAGAGUCCUUCCUCAUAGGAAGGCUUAUCAAUUGAAUACAUUGACAUGCACACAGUAGACACUCAAUAAAUGCCCACCACAAAUACCAACUGAGCUUCUUCAUUAAGGGAGCAAGCCUGUAGUUUAAGUGAAAUCACCCUUCUCUAUUCAGGCUAGUUGUGACUUCCCAACUUGGAAACUUGCACAGGGUCCUGGCAAGAGAAAUUGUUGGGGGUCUUAGCAAGUUGGUCCCUGACCUGCUGUGAUUCCUCUUGUGUCUUGCUUGGUGAAGCAAUUCUAAUAGCUCCUCUUAUAUUGUGCCAUGCCUAUGUAACAUAUUAAUACUUGAUUUUUCUGAGUGGCAGAGAUGUCCUUCAUUAAGUGUGGUCUCCAGGAAAAGAAGCUUUGUGCUUUAAGUUUUGGUCUGAGCUUUGGCCUUAUGUUUGCCUUUUCCUUCUUUUAAAGCCUUUUCUUCCAGGCCUGAAAAGUAAGAGCAACUCGUGCAGUGUCUGUUCUUCCCUGUAGAAAUUUUCUAAGUUUGCAAUAUACACGAGAGUGGAUUUUAAAGAUUGGCCAUUCUAGUGGGAAGCUGUCAGUUUUAGAGGAAUGGGCAGUUGCCAAAAGCCAACCAACUCUAGUUAGUGGUAGGACAUUCUCAGUUCAGAGAGAAGAGGAAUGAUGACACUGAUGUAUAUAGGAAUUCCUAUAUGAAUUAGGAGACGGGAACCUAGUAAAGGAUGGUGUAACCUAAGUCUUCAGAGCCAUCAAGACUAGUGUUCUUAGAAGGGGAGGGAUCUGGAAGCUUGGUGCUGAGCACUUGUCCUGAGGGGCAGGGUCCCAGGAGGUCUGACUUAAUCCUUCUAUACUCUUGGUCUCAGUUGGUCCUAACCACAGGCUUGCGCUGUGCUGCUUUGACACUGCUGCUGUCUGCUCACUGUCCUACCUGCUGCCUACUAGAGCUUCCUAUCCUUCUGUGUCUUUGGCCAUGCAGAUUAACUUCAGGCAUCCUAUCCAUUCUUACCUGUACUCUGCCAGUGUUAUUGCCUAGCAUAGUUGUGUCGAAUAGAGAUGGUAUGAAAUGCUGCUGCUGGGCUGGUGAAUCCAAAGGGAUAUGGCCUCCGUGCUGUCAGGAGCCCUUUGGUUCCAAAGAUCUCCUGUCCUGAGAGAGAGACAAACAGGUCCUAUUAGGGGUUUUCUGUUGUGUUAAUUUUUUUUCCCUUAUAGUAUCCUGUUUUGAAAACUGAGGAAGAACCAUGUUAGGACCUGUGCCAACAUCCCAGUGAAGUUCAUCUAGCUCCAGUUAUGUGAAUUCUGGUCUUGGGAGAGGGUUUGAAGUUUGACUGAGACAGUUCUCCAGGGAGGUUACUCUUACUUUUACCAGUGGGCAUCAUGGGCGAUUUAGGGGAAGCAUGGAAUGGUGCUGUGAUUCACACCUAUGUCAAGCAGGCAUAUUGAAGAGUUGAGCGUCACACUGGAGGUGAAGGAGGGCAUGGGUUGGCUGGGCAAGGGCCCUGGUCUGCUGAAGUACUGAUAACAAGAUUAACUGAAUUGACUGGGAGAUUAGACCAUGGUCUGAGAAGCAGAGGCCAAGUUUUAGAGAUGUUUGACCUCCUAGGGAUAAGUUCACUAAAUCACACUGAAGCUACAAUACUUUCCAGGUGGGAAAAAGUACACUACAGUUGAAGAGUUGAACCCUGCUAGGUUGGUUGUUGAUCAGGAACCUGUGAGCCCUUGGCUGGAAAAGCUUCACCCUCUAGUUUCCCUGGAGUAGGAAUGAUCUCCCACAAUAUGCAAUAAUAAAAUUAGCAUCUGGGUCUUUGUAGUUAUCAGUUGCUCUUUCAACUCUAGGAACCAUCUUUGGACCAGAAACCUGGUCUGGGCCUAGGAUGACACUGACCCUCUGUGCUAGAGUUGGCUGCACUCUCCAUACCUGCAGACUAUGCACAGUGCCUGGGGCAGGAGGUGGAGAGGCGGUGGGUUUGCCCUGCUGACCCUCCUCAGCAGGAACAGUAGUAAUAAAUGCACUUUUCACACUAAAGUUUUCUUUAUUAGUACUCCUGUUAAGCCUAGAUCUUCUCCCAGUAGAUUACAAACUCAAAGUCUGUGUGAUCCCAAAGCCAUUCCACUGCAAGGCCCAGCAGUGAAGAUGGCCCCAACUGGGUUCCUGUCUGCAGUGUGGGUGGCAGCAGCCCAUGUGCCUUUACAUAUUGUCCAACUUGCAAGCGUUUAUUUUGUCUUUAUGACUGUCAUGAGGACUUAGGUUCUUUAGAGAGAGAGAGAGAGACAGAGAGAACUGUUGACACAGUGGUUUACACCCACCCCUUGGACAGGGAAUUUGCAUAUGGUUGUGAGCUGAAAGGGUUAAUGAGCUGCUAGUAUUGUUAAUGGCAGAGUUGAUCCCUUGCUUGCUUCAUACUUGGAUUUCAACAGACUCUAGAUUGUUGGGGAAGAGACUGACUGUACUCAUGGCUAACUUGGAAGUAUUAAAAAACAACAACAACAACAAUAAACUGUCCUAAGUCACACAGGAUCCCUGUAGUCAAAACAGUAUAUGUUCCAGCUACAGAGAGCAGACUGCUCUUAGCUUGCACAGCACCUUAGGGGAGGGAAGAAUGUAUGGAUAGGGAAUGGGGUGGAGAGAAAAGAAUGGGAAUUUUGUCAUCCAGGUGGCUUUAGGGUCCUAAGGAGAGUGGCACUGGGGAAGUCUGAAUGGAUCUUAUUUGCGUAGGAGUUCCCUGUAGAUAAAUUACUGAUCCCCCCACUACUAUCCCCAGUAUGUAAUGGCUGAACUAAUAUGUAAUCAACUGCAUUGUAUCUAAAGCCUUAGAACUAGUCAGGUGCUCCCCCCACCCAAUACCAUUUCUUACCCUCUAAUCCUACCUGAUCUUUAACAAAGCAUUAAUAAUUCUAAGGAUAAUCUCUAUUUUGUUGUGCUUUUUUGUAACUGUUUUAAAUAAAUCAAUUUGUACUGUAUAUUUGUACUUUUGUGAGAUCCUUUUUGCUGUUUUACCAUUUUAAGUCUCUGUACUUGGCUACACACAGAUUGUAUUUUUAUUGUUAAUGCUCUUCUUAUGGAUACCUGCAUUUAACUUGUGGACUAUGUAAACACAAUAUAUAUCAAUAUCUAUAUAUCUAUAUAUCUAUCUAUAUAAA